AUGAGUGGCGGUGGCGUAAACCCUGUUCUGUCGCUCGUCAGCCGGACAGAUACGUUAGCGGAAGGUUUCCGACAAGUACAUCAGGCGUCACUUCCACUCAUUCCGAACCUUCAGCAGACAUAUCACCAAGUUCAAGGCAGCUGGACGCCAGAAAUAGAAAAUUAUGCCGAAGAUAUAUUUUCAAAGAUUCGUGACAUUCUGCAGCACAUGGAGAAAACCGUGGAAGAAAUGAUGAACCUACUCUAUCAAGUAGACAUUUACCUCUCUGACUCAACCACACAACUCGCUGCAGGGUUCAAUCCCAAGGAGGCGCUCGAUCACGUUUCUGCAUCUGUCCAUUCAUAUCAAUCCGAGCUGCUGUCAAAACGAGAGCUGCUGGCCGAUUUGACUUGCGAAGAGAUUACCAUCGAAGAGUUUUCAUCUCAAUGGCGUACAUUGAAUGAAGUCGAAGCUGGAAAGAAGCAAGAUUUGGACUCGCUAGCCGACAUGUUUGCCGGGUUCGGGUGA